ACGAUAAACUCUCCAGCUGGUUGUUCAGCCAGUGAAAUACAAAAGGUAAACAAAUCCGAAGCCGAACGCAUUUGUUUAUUAAAACAUUAGCAUAAGUACAAAAGGUAAGGCGCAGCGAAGUCAAGUCGUAGGCCAGACAAACUCUGUAUCCGAUGAGCUCUACCAAGAAUAAUAAACCAUAAUAUCGAGGCCAAAAACAGAGGCAGUUGUAUUGGAAAUAACGAGCAACCAAAAAAGUGAAAGUUGGCCAUCAAAAAAAUGAUGAAAAUCGUGCUGAUCAGUGGCAAGCGAAAGUGCGGCAAGGAUUACAUUUCUGAGAGGUUGCAACAAAGAUUAGGCUCACGAUCCCGGAUCGUUCGAAUCUCGGAGCCGAUUAAGUCGGAAUGGGCUCGUAAGCUGCAGCUGGACCUGGAUGCCCUGCUCAGCGAUGGACCCUACAAGGAGAAGUAUCGCCGCGACAUGAUCGUGUGGAGCGAUGAGGUGCGGGCCAAGGAUUACGGCUACUUCUGUCGCGUGGCGAUGGAGGAGGCUGUGAGCCGCGAGCAGACGCCCUACAUCCUGGUCAGCGAUGUGCGGCGCAAGAACGACAUCAAGUGGUUCCGGGAAACCUACGGUCCGGAAAGGGUAGUAACCCUGCGACUCACCUCUCGUCCGGAAACGCGAUGCGCACGGGGCUGGACCUUCACUGUUGGGAUCGACGAUGUGCCAUCGGAGUGCGAUCUGGACGAUAUGGCCGAUGGCUUCGACUUCGUGUUGGCCAACGAGGAGGAGCUGGAUCAGGAGGCCAUUGACUGCCUGCUGGACAAACUGCAACUACAGUAUGACUAAAGCUUUAACUUAUUACUCGAAUCAAGGCUUUUGCACAAAUGUAUUUUUGAUAAAGAAUGUAUUCCGGUUCCUUUUCAAUUUGAAUCAGGACUUCACAAAAACUUAGAUAAUGCAAUAUUACACUCUACAAAGAACGAAGUUGUACUUGAUAGUUAUGUUAUAAAAUACUCUUAGAACUUAAUGGAGCUUUUGUGGCAGGUAUACAUACGUACAACAAAAAUAUGGCAUGGUUUUAACGGGAUAACGUAGUCGAUCGACUACUAAGAUAAAAAUGUAGCAACGGAAAUAUUAUUGGCCAAUGUAGAACAAUAAAACAUAUAUCUAUUUUUAUACCAAAACUGUUAAAAAAUAUAGGCAGUGUCUUUAA